GUCCUCUGGUCCUCUGUACCCACUGGUCCUCUGUUCCCACUGUUCCUCUGGUCCUCUGUACCCACUGGUCCUCUGGUCCUCUGUACCCACUGGUCCUCUGAUCCUCUGGGCCCACUGUUCCUCUGGUCCUCUGGGCCCACUGUUUCUCUGGUCCUCUGUACCCACUGGUCCUCUGUACCCACUGGUCCUCUGUACCCACUGGUCCUCUGGUCCUCUGUUCCAACUGUUCUUCUGGUCCUCUGUACCCACUGGUCCUCUGUACCCACUGGUCCUCUGUUCCCAUUGUUCCCCUGGUCCUCUGUUCCCACUGGUCCUCUGUUCCUGCUGUUCCUCUGGUCCUCUGUUCCCACUGUUCCUCUGGUCCUCUGUACCCACUGGUCCUCUGGUCCUCUGUUCCCACUGUUCCUCUGGUCCUCUGUACCCACUGGUCCUCUGGUCCUCUGUACCCACUGGUCCUCUGAUCCUCUGGGCCCACUGUUCCUCUGGUCCUCUGGGCCCACUGUUUCUCUGGUCCUCUGUACCCACUGGUCCUCUGUUCUUACUGUUCCUCUGGUCCUCUGUUACCACUGGUCCUCUCUACAACCAGUCCUCUCACCCACUGUUCCUCAGGUCCACUGUGCCCACUGGUCCACUCACCCACUGGUCUUCUGUGCCCUCUGGUCCUCUGUACCUUCUGGUCCUCUGGAAUCACUGUUCCUUUGUUCCCACCGGUCUUCUGUUCCCACUGUUCCUCUGGUCCUCUGUACCCACUGGUCCUCUGUUCCCACUGGUCCUCUGUUCCCACUGUUUCUCUGGUCCUCUGUGCCUACUGUUCCACUGGUCCUCUAUUCCCACUAUUCCUCUGUUCCCACUGUUCCUCUGGUCCUCUGUACUCACUGGUACGCUGUGCGCUCUGUUCACUGACCCUCUGUACCCACUCACUUU